AUGAGGAGCCCGCGAGAACUCGCGGACCGCUCAAAAUACUGCCGAUUCCAUCGGCAGCAUGGGCACGACACCGAGCAGUGUCGUGAGCUAAAACGGCAGAUCGAGGAGCUCAUCCGCCGAGGGCAUCUCGGCCACUACCUUCUGUCGAACAGGGAGCCAUCACCUCACCCCGGGGGCCCCAUCGAGAGACACAUUGAUGUAAUCGCUGGCGGCCCCGCAUCAGGAGGGGGCUCCAUGUCAGGGAGGAAGGCGUACGCCCGAGCCGCUCCUGAUGUGACCCCUAGGCACGGGCCCGAGCCCGAAAUCACCUUCCUGAUCGGGGUCUCCAGGCAGCCCGAGCACGACGACGCCCUCGUAAUAUCAGCAAGGGUGGCCAACGCGCAGGUGAAGAGGAUUAUGGUCGACACGGGAAGUUCAGCCGACAUACUCUACUUUGACGCCUUCCAGAAGCUCGGCUUAGCCAAGGAAAGCAUGCGCCCAAUGGGUUAA